AUGCCCCAGGCCCCGGCCCGCUCCCGCCCGUCCUCUCUCGUGCCCGGGGCAGCGCCUGCCCGGCCGCCCGGCUCUUGGAGGCCCCUGCUGCCAGUCCUGGAGGGACCGGCUGGCCCUGGCCGUGCCGACGGUGGUGGACACCCGGCCGGCCGGCGGGCGCAGUACCACCCGAGCCUGCCGGGGCCGGACACGGGAGCGGAGGGCUUCGUGCUGUCUCGGGGCCCAGGCCCCAGUGGGGGCGUCUGGGGCCAGGGGGCCGGACUGCCCCCACCCCGCCUUCCGGAAGACCCGCCCUGCCCCCAGGUGCUGGGGCUGCACUCUCAUGGCACCGGGCUGGAUCACCACCCACUGCCCACUUGGCGCCUCCUGGCCAUGCUUGGGGGCCUCUACGCCUUCUUCCUGUUCGAGAGCCUCUUCAACCUCUUGCUGCCCCGGGACCCCAAGGACGCACAGGAGGGGUCCGGCAGCCACGGCGGCCACAGCCACGGCGUGUCCCUGCAGCUCUCGCCCAGCGCCCUCUGGGACUCCAAGCAGCCCCCCAAAGGCUCCAGGACAGACCUGGUGUCUGAGGAGGCUCCGGAGCCGCCAAGCCCCGAGCCCGGGAGGAAGCUGAGCCCGGAGCUGAGGCUGCUGCCCUACAUGGUCACCCUCGGCGACGCGGUGCACAACUUCGCGGACGGCCUGGCGGUGGGCGCCGCCUUCACCUCCUCCUGGAAGACCGGGCUGGCCACCUCGCUGGCGGUGUUCUGCCACGAGGUGCCCCACGAGAUGGGGGACUUCGCGGCCCUGCUUCACUGCGGGCUGUCCGUGCGCCGGGCGCUGCUGCUCAACCUGGCCUCUGCGCUCACGGCCUUCGGCGGCCUCUACCUGGCACUCCUGGUCGGCGUGGACGAGGACAAGGAGGCCUGGAUCCUGGCGGUGGCCACUGGCCUCUUCCUCUAUGUGGCGCUCUGCGACAUGCUCCCCGCCAUGCUGAGCGUGCGGGACCGGCGCCCCUGGCUCCUCUUCCUGCUGCACAACGUGGGCCUGCUGGGCGGCUGGGCCCUGCUGCUGCUGCUGUCCCUGUACGAGGACAACAUCACCUUCUCAUAGCACCAUGCUUGGCUCCUCCUCCUGCACCCUCCGCGAGAGGCCUGGAGCCUUCCACACUGGGGGCGCCCGCUGUCUG